AUGGCCAGCUUUAGUAACAGAGCUUUAACGAGUGGUCGCAUUUCCCUCGCCCAAAAUAGGGGUCGAUCUUCUUCGAGAGGAAUCUUUAAAGUACAAAAAACCAUCCAAUCGAAAGCAUUCAUCCUCCGAAACGUUGGGGAUUUGGACCGGAAUCAUUUAGAAGAGGAAGGCAAUACCGAGAAACAAGAAGACGCAAUUCCUCGCGUUUUACGCCUGAACGGCGCGAAAAGCGUCGUCGGGAGAGUCUCUUCGAGCGCGGUGAAUUUAGCAGUCGGCGUGGCGACGGUGAGUUCCGCGCACGCGAUGGUGGAUUUGACGCCGGACGGGAAAGUCAUGGUGACGGAUUUAACGUCCACGAACGGGACGUACAUCGACGGCGAAGAGUUACUGCCGGGUAUUCCUCAGGAGCUGACGGAAGGGGGGGAAGUUAUAUUUGGCGACGAACACUGCGCGAGGUUUGAGUUAGUCGUUGAACCGUAG